AUGGUCCACCCCAUCCUCCACCAUGUUUUGCCUAAAAACUCCUUUGACUCUCAAAAUCUUCAACCUAUAUAAACUCUCACCACUUCACCAUCUUCUCAAACAAUCCACUUCUUUGCCACCAUUCACACUAGUUAUAAACAAUAUCCAUAAAGUUUUUUCUUCUUCAAAGAUGAAUUGGAGCACUUCAACAAGUGAUGGUAAUAGCAACAAGAAGUUUAAGGGAGUUAGACAAAGAAAAUGGGGGAAAUUUGUGUCGGAGAUUCGUGUUCCGGGGACUCAAGAACGAUUAUGGUUGGGAACUUAUGCUACACCGGAAGCUGCUGCGGUUGCACAUGAUGUAGCUGUUUAUUGUUUAAAGAGACCUUCUACUUUGGAGAAACUCAAUUUUCCUGAUAUUUUGUCUUCCUAUUGUAUCCAAGAGAGAGAUGGUUUGAUGUCUCCGAGGACUGUUCAAAGGGUUGCUUCUGAUGUUGCUAUGGAUGUUGAUGCUAGAAACAUUGCAAGCCAAACAACAACAAUAACAAGAGCAACAACAACUUCGGAUCAAUCUCAUCACGUGCAUAAUGUUGUUGCUGAGGAUGAUGUGUGUUGGUGGGAAGGUUUGGGUGGUGAUGAUCAAGGAAUGAUACAGGUUUCUAGCCAACAAGAAGGAUUGAGCAUUUCCAUUGAUGAUUAUCUAUAACUUUUGAUGUAUUUGAUUAGUGUUUCUGUAAGAAAAAGAAGGGGGGAAAACAUGUUCAAACAGAUAAAUUGACCAAUUCUAGAAUACUUGAAUACCAUUUUUGUGUUCAUUGUUGAGUAUACAAGCCACUAAACUGAAUUGAGAGUGUUAAAGAAAAAGGAAAUAUAUAUACAUGGUAGUUGACAAUAGCAAUUUGCCAUUUUCAGAAACCUAUCAUUGUCAUUUUCAUUUUUAACUCAUCAUUUUGUCAUAAAAGAUACUAACAUUCUUUUAUGGCCGUACACCAAUGAUAGUACUUGAAAAUGAAAUCACUUUCACUUCUGCAUCUAAUGCAGAAAUUUGUACCCUUCAUUUGUACACCAA